CGCUCAGACUUGACUCCAGAAUACCUAUGCUCAGCAUAUCGCUGGGCGAACAAUCUGUGCAAUAUCUACAGCGUCCGCUCCCGAAUCGUAUGGGAUCCUCAAAAAUUGACCGAGAGUUGCUCUUGACGAGGCUGAUGUCGAAUUUGACUGCAUCAGCAUGGCAGAUCAAGCUCUGAGGACGCAGCAAAGUAUAUGCUCUCAAUGCAUGUCCUUAUGGCGAGACUUGAUUUCACUACGGCAGAGGAGCCUUUCCGAGAGAUAUCGUCCUGGGAAAGAUCGGCCUGGGAAAGAUCGGCCUGGGAAAUGCAUGUCUUUAUGGCGAGCCUUGUUUCCAGUACGGCAGAGGAGCCUUUCCGAGCCAUUUUCUCUUUGGAAGAUUGUCCGUGAUCACCACCAAAGUCUGAUCGAGCUCCGAAAUUCUGCUCAACACGGUUGUCCUUUUUGUUCUUUGUUGUGGAUAAGUGCGGCAGUGAAAACCCUGCAAAGGACGGAGAGUCUGCUGAAGGUCAGCUACUCAGUGAUCGUGGAACCGUCCGACGUCAGUUUCAAGGUCGGCUCGAUGGAAAUCUCUGCACCCAAAGAGCAGCAAGUGAGUGGAGGAAGCUGCCGGAUCGAAAUAGAAGAAACUCCGAACUACAAUUGGUCCAACAUACGGCAUAAUCGCAAAGAUUGCUCGACGGCAUCGGAAGCAUGCUUCAACGUGGCCAAACGGUGGUUGACUGAUUGCACUACCACACAUAUGCCAUGCUCACUUGCGGGAAAUUUGCGCAAGCUCGAACGUGGCCAAUUUACGCCUCGGCGCCUUUUGAAGUUGUUUACCGAUGGUGACAAAACCUGCUUACAGCUACUGAGUGACGCGAAAGCCAUAGGUUUUUGUGUCUGAGUACAUGACGCUCAGCCAUUGGUGGGGCAAAGAGCAACCAUUGAUGCUUGAAAAGCAUAACAUCUUAUUUCUGGAGAAUAUUG